AUGGCGAAUUUCAAUUUCAACUGUGUGCUUCUGCCGUCCUCUGAAUGUGAAGAUGAGAUCGGGGAGGAGGAACUUCUGCAAGAGCUCGAAGAGGACAUCAUCGAGUGGUUUCGCUACUGCAGAAUGUCCUCUAUAGAUGUGUGUUAUGCAGAAUUCAAGAUGUAUCCUGCCAUGCUGCGUACGUUCACUCAUAUACUCUGUGACGAAUAUGGACUGCGUAGUGGCCAGCAAGUUGAUGUAUAUGAACAAGUUGGAAUGUUUUUAUGCAUAUUAGCCCAUGGAAAGGGCUACAGACAGGUUCGAACUUUGUUCAAUCAUUCUUUGCAAACUAUUGGGCACUAUUUCAAAAUUGUGCUUGAUGCCGCAUGUGAAUUUGCUAUACGCCUCAUCAGACCUAAUCCAAACUAUAAUCACGGUGCGGAGCAUCACGUACCAAAUUUGAACCAGCAUCCGCUAUUCGAGAAUUGCAUAGGUGCAAUUGACAGAACGCACGUGCAAGCUAUCUUGCCGCGGGACGAACGAGUAAAUUUCAUCGGACGCAAGGGCAUUCCAACACAAAAUGUUCUGGCAGCAUGUGAUUUUAAUUUAUGUUUCACAUUUGUGCAUGCAGGGUGGACGAGAACAACGCAUGAUUCACGCAUGUUGGCUCGGUCUAUACAUAGUCCUGAAAUUGAUUUUCCCCAUCCUGCCCAGGGAAAAUUUUAUCUUGUCGACUCAGGAUUCGCCCAUAGACCUGGGUACAUGGCUCCAUACAAGGGUUCUGAUAUACUGUAUCAUUUUCAGCAGUUCUAUGACGGUGAGACGGGUCGUAGACGAAACUUUCGCAAUGCACGUGAGAGAUUUAAUUUCAGGCAUUUGUCGUGUAGAAACGUUAUCGAGCGUGCCUUUGGUGUGUGGAAAGUUCGGUGGAAAAUACUCGAUCGAGUUGUCGACGAAGCGUUCACAAGGGUGGAGACAGAUCCGGACGCGGCAGAGGUAGAACUUCCAGAUGAACAGGAGCAAGCCGCUGUUGAAUUGAAUGCUCCAGAAACGCAACGAAAUGAAUGGGAUCGUUUCUGCGACUUUUUGGCUCAAAGCAUUUGA